AUGUUCUUCCAGCCAGUCGACCUUACCACCGCCCUCCGCCCGUCCCUGCAGCCAGAUGAGACGCUCCUCUUCGUCCAGGACGCCAUUGGGCUCUACGAUGGUAAAUACAAGAUACCGAAGUACCAGAACGGCCAUGCCUACCUGACCUCGCACCGGAUAUGCUAUGUUGAUGUAGAGGACCCCCGCGGGUGCUCGGUGGGCAUCGACCUUAAAGACGUCGACCGCAUCGACUUUCAGGCCAGGUUUCUGCGGUCGUCGCCCAAGAUCAGUCUUGUGCCGCGCAGACGAGUAGGUGGUGGUGCAGCACCCACUUCUACCGGCACCAGCACUUCUUCUACGGCGGCAUCAACACCGACGAAUGCCGCCAAGAACGUCAAGAGUGAAGCGAGGACGGCGACGUGGGUGUGUCCUAUCUGCUCGUUCUCGAAUCCGGUGCCGUCCAACUUUGAUCCUGCGCUGGCUGCGUCGACGGCCAUCCCGCCCUGUCUGGCAUGCGGCAUCCGGCCUCCCUUGACCACUUUGCUCAAGGCAGCCAUCUCAGCGUCUACCUCGUCGAGUACUACUCCUGCUGCUGCUGCUUCCCCUUCUACUGGUUCUACUUCUACUGGUUCUGCGUCUUCUACUUCGAAGGUAUGUCCUAGGUGCACGUUUGCCAACCAUCCGUCGCUGCAAGUAUGCGAGAUAUGUGGUGCCAGUCUCGGCGGGAAUGGUGGCAUGACCAGAGGAGGAGGAGGGGGAGCGUCAUCGCGGACUGACUCGCCUGCACCCUUUGGACCAGCUUCCAGGCUGGAAGGGAAGGAAGCCGGCGAGUGUGUCAAGCUCUCCUUUCGCGCCGGCGGGGAGCGGGUGUUCCACGAGCGACUGAGGGGGGCUCUUGUGCAACGCAAGUGGAUUCUCCAGGACGCUCCUCCGGUGCCAAAGGUAGACACCAUGGAUAAUAAUAGUAUCACCACCACAAACAACAAUAUUGCUAGUGGUGCUAGUACAAAGACGACUGCGGCCGGGAUAGCAGGCCUGGAGCGCCGCGGACUGGAGACCCGGCGCAACAACGAGGCAGUGAUCGGAGGAGCGUUUGAAGAUCUCGAGGCGCUGAUGGCGUCUGCCCGGGAGGUGGUGGCGCUGGCCGAGACGUUUGCCCGAGAGCGACGAAACGACGCCGGUGUCACAGACGAGGAAGAAGAAAUGGUGUCCCAGUCUGCAGCCGCCGCCGCCCUCGGGAUGAUCACGACCAAGCAGCAGCUACUGACUAGCAGCAGCAGCAGUAGCAGCAGCCUGUACGUGACCGAGCUUUCUCGCAACCUGGCCGAGUACCUGACGGACGAGCGAGGAGGAGGUGCAGGUCGCGGGCUGCUGCGUCGAGCGGGCGGCAUCAUGAGCCUGGUGGACGUGUGGGCUGCCUUUAACCGAGCGCGCAACGGGGUCGAGCUCGUGAGUCCGCGAGACUUCCACUCUGCAGCCGAGCAGUGGGAGGUGCUCCGGCUGCCAGUCCGCUUGCGCCGGUUCAGGAAGAGCGGUCUCCUGGUCGUGCAGCGGUCCGACUGGACGGACGAGAAGACCCUUCACCAGCUCUCCACCUGGCUCCAAGACACGACUACUACUACUGCUACUACUGCUACUUCUUCUUCUUCUUCUACUAGUGCAGUGUUUGGGCGGGGAGUCACUGCGCAGGAAGCCGGCGAGCACUUUGGCUGGAGCCUCGGAGUGGCCAGCGAGGAGCUAGAGAUGGCAGAGGAGCGCGGCCUGCUGUGUCGCGAGCAGGGCGUCGAGGGCCUCCGGUUCUGGAUCAACCACUUCUAG